AUGGCAGACGAAAACAUCUACGACGAAAUCGAAAUCGAAGACAUGACCUACGACACCACCCUCCAAAUCUACCACUACCCGUGCCCAUGCGGCGACCGCUUCGAAAUCAACAUUGAAGAUUUACGCGAGGGCGAAGAAAUUGCCGUGUGUCCCAGUUGCAGUUUACAAAUUCGUGUGAUUUUUGAUGAGGGGGAUUUACCCCUGCCG